AUGAGUGGGGUUGCUGGCUACCCGACCCUCCUCGAGCUAUGUACACUCGUGAAUGCAGCGGCACCAGCACCGAGCAGGCACGCCAGCCACUUUGACGCUCCUCUCACUCAGUACCUGACUUCACUGCCAGCGGAGACCUCAGCCAUCAUGACAUGGGCGAACUCUGCCAACUCGACGUCGCGUGACCCCAUCGCUGCUGCUGUGGAUGUCGCAGCAUAUUUUCCCUACCAGUGCUCGCCAGCUUCGCGGGCGACCCAGGGGAGCUCCCUCGCCCCCAGCGGCGAGGUGGAGCAGAACCCAGGCGCUGACAGUUUCGACUCGCAAGCCAAGGAAGGAGUGACGAUGUCCUCCGCACCAUUUAAUCUCAUGUCACGGCGGGCGACGCUGCCCUUCACCGCGGAUGUCACUAGCAACGGCGGCGGAGGCGCGACCACGUCAGAAGGCGCCUUCCGGCUUCUCCUACCGACUCUGGUGGGUCACUCCGAGAUCACUUACGCAGAGAACCCCACGUGCUGCGAGACUCACUCCAGAGUUACGUGUGCGCCAGAGAUGGUGCCCGGUGAUGCACACCAGCAGUCGUGCCUCUACGGACUGGCCUCCCCCCGUGGCGCUAACGCGGGCGAGGAUGCUCCAGAAAACAUCCCUGCUGCAGCCUAUAUUCAGUCUGACCUUUCAUUGACUGCGCAAGAUACCUUCACGGUCAAGCACAAUGGCGACGAUAGAGGCGAGCGAAGUGCUCCCUCUCCCAGCGUGCCAGGUGAAGGAGUGGGGACCUGCAUUAAGCAUGAGACCCGCUCAACUUUUCCACAAUCCAUCGACCUCGUCCAGCCAAACGCACUUUUGGUCACCGAUGCAGUGAGCGAGAUGUACACUAACUCACUUGUCCCCAUGAUCACCAGCAAGUCUGCCCAGCAGCCCUCCUCGUUGACUCAGCUGCUGGGCUCAUGUGAAGAUAGGAGCGUCGCUGCCAGCGUCUCGGUCCCGUGUGCGCUGCAUCAGCGUGACUACUGUGGCACUAGUCCUACCGCAUUCAUGCCAGGGAGUCCACUGCACUUGAUAGGUGAGCCAUCGGAGCUGAAGCGGGAGCACCUGCACCUCUCCUUCUCUCCCGAUGCCACCCUGGGGUUCGACGAGCAUGGACCGUCCCCCGCCUCCGGUGGUACCCCAACCGCGGAGCUGACAGAUCUAUCAUCUCCGUUGUCGCCCCUAUCUCUGUCAUUCCCAGAGUCCCUUUCAUCGGCACCGUGUGCACGCGCGCAGCGCCGUGGCACUGUUGCUGCCCCAGCGGACGUGAAUGUGUUUCCCGAGGGCAAGGCCGUACUGAAGAGCCCUGAGACACUUAAAGGGGAGGAGGCCAUCGCUCUUGUCGCUGCGCUACCCUCUUGCUUUCUGUGGAAGGGGCUGGACGGACCAGCUGAGGACUGCCGUGACGUUUUCGAUAUCGUCCCUACGGCACCGGCCACAAGCAGCAGCCAAGCCGCACGAGCAUGUUCGGGGUCCCCAGCAGACGACGCCGCUUCGGUGGGCUCCACUGGUGCCUUCUUCGUGUCUCUCUUUCAACCAACCCUAAGCAAGUGGAUGAGGUGGGUGAGCCGCAAGUAUCAUGUCGUGAUGCGCCACACUGCUGGUGCGGCUAGAGUAGUGCAGCUGUCUCAGGAACAGCGAUCAAAGUCGCCCCCGAAGCGCAGCUGCGCCUCUCCGAGAAAGUCAAGCGACGGUGCCAGUGGAGACGGUGCUUACCCCCCACCAGGAGACAGUACUGAGGCGGUGGACAACGACAGCGCAGCCUUCUGCGAUGUUGGCUCCUUGAAAGAUGAGAUGGCUUACCUCCCUCAUACCCUCUCGUUUAGCGCAUUGCAGGCCAACUUCAGCUACGACGAUGAGUGGUCACGACAUUCCGGGGCUCAGGAGGCGCAGGACGACCUGACCAGUCCGUGGAACGGUGCCAGACACAACAGCUGGUUCCGCGUGGGCUUGCAGACGGAGCAAAGAGGGGCAGUGCGUGCGGCUGGCGGGCUCAUGCAGCUACGCCGCUCCAUCACGGCGUCACCACCAUCGUCCCUGAUUAGCGAUGCGUCGUUCCUCACAUUGUCGGGAGAGCGGCGCUGGGGUUCGCUGACAAACCUCUCCUUCUCCGCGGAGUCUCUGACGACCACCUUAGGCGCACUGACUGCUGCUCACACCUUUAGAGAUGGCACCCUGCAGCGCCUUUCCCACAGCUUGGGCGGCACCCUGAGCAGCAGCGCCAGCUGUACCAGCCUCUCGGGUGACUAUCACAGACUGUCGCUACCCUCGUCUCUAGGCAGCCACAGUCACAGGAGCGGGUCUACCACAAGUGCUAUCGCCGACGACAACUACCGCGACAUGCUGUAUCUCCUCUUCCACCAUCCCCCGAGCAGCCUCAUAGGCGACCUAACCCAGUGCUGCGAGGCCUACAAGGCGAUGGUGGAUACCUCCUCAAACGGAAAUCAUGUGCUGAACUGGUCCGAGCUCGUGCUUCUUCUGCAGCCAGAGGACUACAUUGACUACCGCGCUCUCUUCCCACCCAAUCAUUUUGUUACCUUUGAGGAUUUCGUAGAGUUUGUGGAGGUGCUGUCGGUGCGCUACCACCGCUAG